UAGGUCGGAUAUUACAACUUUUCUUGUCUAUAAAACAUCAGCUGUCCUUUUGGCUUUUCUUUCAGAACCCAACAAAAAACAGCGAUUGGUAGGAAAUACCUAAGAAUUCCUUUGGGGCCCCUAGAAAAGAUAUAAUCAAACAUUUCUAAGCAACCAUCUCUGAUGGUGGAAAAUAGAGAGGGUAGAUAAAGAGGAAGCUAAUUAAUGGAGUCAAAGAAAAAAAAUGGGUGUUCGCCAAUGAGAUCAAGCUCAAUUGGCACUUCCUUCUCUUGAAAUUUCUAGGUGGAGGGUGGCGUCAUGAAUUCAAGAGCCAUUAGGUUUGCGUUUAACUUACCAGCAAUUGAAAAAAUAGGGGCUCAAAGAAAAACCCUGCAGGACCUCUUUAAUCUGGAAUCCUACAAUAUGAAUAGAAUUAAGCAUGGCAGCAUCACUAGCAGGCCAUCCUUUUCUAAUUCUAUAAAUGAAGGCAUUCUUUCUAUUAUCUCUCACUGCACCUUCAUCUUCACCUUCACUGACCCUUUGGAAUCUCCUUCAAAGCAAGAUCUCAAGCGAGUCAAGCUCACUCAGCUCCUCUCCAUCUUAAAAUCCUCAAAAAAACUCCAAGAUCAAAUUUUAGCGCCUCUCAUGUCCAUGCUAUCGACCAACCUGUUCCGGCCACUCCCUCCACCUUCCAACCCCAGCAUCAGCUCAGACUUGAUUGAUGAUGAAGACUCCAUUUCUUCUUUUCCACCAACAUGGUCACAUCUCCAAAUUGUUUAUGAUAUCCUAUUAAGAUUAGUUAUCAACAUGGAUCCUGAGACACUUCGAAACUAUGUCAAUCAUCCUUUCCUUCUCAAUCUCCUCUCUCUUUUCCGAUCCGAAGACCCAAGGGAACGUGAGAGCUUGAAGAAUGUGUACCACCGGAUAUAUUCAAGGUUCACAUUCUAUCGUUCAUUCAUGCGGAAAUCAAUGAAUGAUGUGUUCUUGCACUACAUAUUUGAAAAGGAGAGGCAUUGUGGCAUCGGAGAUCUUCUAGAGAUAUGGGGAACUCUCAUCAAUGGUUUUACAGUUCCACUCAAAGAAGAACAUAAGUUGUUUUUAAUGAGAGUGCUAAUUCCUUUGCACAAGACCAAGGGGAUGCAUACUUACCACAAGCAGCUGGCUUACUGUGUUUCUCAGUUUGUGCAGAAGGAGCCUGUGCUUGGAGGGGUUGUUUUUAGAGGAAUUUUGAGGUAUUGGCCCGUCACUAAUUGUCAGAAGGAGAUUUUACUAUUAGAGGAAUUGGAGGAGCUGGUGGAGAAUAUAGAUCCUGAUCAGUACAGAAAGUUAGCACUUCCUCUAUGUACCCAGAUUACGAAGUGUUCGAACAGUUGGAACUCACAGGUUGCUGAGCGUGCACUAUAUGUAUGGAACAAUGAACACUUUGUGAAGAUGGCAACACUGGAAAUAGAAGAAGUAUUUCCGAUUGUCGUUGAAGGUGUGGAGAGAAAUCUCAAAUGGCAUUGGAGUAAGAGCGUUCGGCAAUUUACAGAAAUUAUAAAGGAAAUGCUGGAAAAUUUGGAUUCAGCUUUGUACUCCAAAUGCCUCCAGGAAAUUGACCUCAGAGAAUACAGAGCUCGCCAAGAAGAGAUCAAGAGGAGAGAAAAAUGGGAGAGAAUAGAAAUGGCAGCAAAAUAGAAUCAGUUCCUCCAACCAUCACAUCGCAUAUGUGUUUCUCAUUGAAGAACAAGAGUCUACCAGGAGAGAAGGUAUUUCAUGCAUCUGAUAUAUGCUUCCUUCCUUUUACAGCACAUGGGUCAAACACAGUUGUAGAGCCUAUACAUUAGGAAAGGGAAGAUGCAUAUAUCCAAUGCAUGAGAUAAAUAUUGCUACUAAAUCUUUGUUGGCAAUUAAUGCAAAAUCCCAUUGAACAUUAGUAUCAUGGAAGAACAGUAGCAAGAUUGCUUGCUACUUGAUGAGCUGGACUGAGAAUAUUUCAGCAACAAGAAAAACCAUCUUAUACCUGAAACCAACAGGACAUGUAUGCCAGCCAAUCUAUGCAUAAACACAUGCAAUAUGUAUAUUAAAUUUGAAGUGGUUAGUUUUCCAACUAAGUAGGUUCCAAUCAUCACUAUAGGAUGAUUUUGGUGUUGAGAUUUGAGAGGUCCAUGAUGUAGUGAAGAUUGUAACACUAAAAGGUCUUUUAAUGUCCAUUAAACCAGUCAUUGAGAUCAAGCCAAUCAAGUCUUCAUGCUUCAACAACCAUAUAGGUGAACAAUAAAUUCGAAAACAUUUGACAUAGUUUCAACUCUAAUUUGUUCUGCGUUUGCAUAGUCAGGCGGACAUUAUAGGUUUCAUUUCAAAUAUUUUAUUGGAUUACAUAAAGGGUGUUAAAUACGUGGUAGCGCGUGCAGCUUCGUAUGACCACCAGAUUCUCUGGCCAAGUAGAUCGGUGGAUGAGGAGGCCUUCAUGGUGGCACGUGUACCAAGAAGACGAUCUGAAAGUGAUGAAUCUGAGACGGCGCGUGGGAAUUUUUCGAAGGCUUCUGCGGCGCGUGGAGGCGCGUGGCAAGGCUUUGGGUGACCGGAUUUCUAGGUUUUGGUCGUGAUAUGCCGUGGAGCACGUAUGUCUUGUUGGUUUCAUCAGGCGUAGGCUUGAUGUGCACAGAUCUGAUAGGGAGAGACACUGAUUGCUUGGGUUUAAGAUCUGGACACAGCAGUGAGAGCCAUAGCGGCUGCGAGAUGCCGUGGAGUCUAGAUCCAGCCGACAAGCAUAUGACUUUUGAUGAUGGUGUGCACGUGAGAAUCUUCUUUGCUUGCUAGAGAUGUUUGUUUGAUGCCAAGAACGGAGUUUGGCUCUGAUACCAUAUUAAAUAUUAGUAUAGA